GAUUUUUUUUAUGACUAGUUAUUAUCAGCUUCUAAAAAAACAACUUUUUUCGCGGGUCUCAAAAUUAUAAUUAUGUGGCUACUCAAAUCCAUAAUAGUCUCGACAUUGCUGAUACAUAAAUCAUCAGCAGCCGAACGUCCGGAUAUAUAUCUUACAAAUAUCAAAUUUAUAGUCGGGAUUUUUGAAAAUAAUCCUGAGAUCACCGAUCGAGAUGUUUAUUUGCAUCAAGGCGUUUUGAUACACCGCCAACUUGUUCUCACGAGUUCAGAUAAUUUUUACAAAAACAUUGAAUUAAAAGUGCGCGCUUACAAUUGGCCGAGUCGAAUUCGUCUGUAUAAUGACCAAAAAACAUCACCGUCUAAUUAUGAAGAACGAAGAGUGGAUACUAUUGAAUAUAAUGACGAUGAAACGUCUAGAAUAUUAAUAUUAGUUUUAAUUCAACCAUUCGAAAAUAUUAAUAAUAUUGUCAAUGACGAUUUUACACCUGAAAAUUUUUAUCAUACAGAUUCAAAUAAAAAAUGCGUAUUUAUAAAAUUGAAAUUUACGGAAAACCGGUGUACAAAAUUCGCGUGUGAUUCAAAAGUCAGAGUUAAACAGCGUAAAAUCAAACCAAAUACACAAUUAUCAUCUUAUAAAUGCGAUCUAGAUAUUAUAAGAAAAAUUUUUAAAGUUAAUCGAAUAAAUGAUAAUAAUUUUUACUGUGCUCAUCAGACUGGUCGAUUCAAAUGCCACAACUAUCCAGGAGCUGCUCUUGCUUGCGAAUCAACGCAACGGGGACAAUAUUUUCUAGCAGGAAUCAAUACUGCUAAUAAUAAUUGUAACUUUAUAUUUGAAAAUACUCAGCGCCUUAACGAUUGGGUUAACAAAAUAUUAAAAGAUAUUAUGUUUGAAAUUGGAUAUUAAUUUUAAUUCAAAUUAAAUAUUAAUAACAUCAACUCAUCAGGUCAUGCUGUUAAUAAAUUUCAAAUUUAUCAACCUGUACUACCAUGAGCUCGUUUUUAUUUUAAUACCCACU